CUGGUUAAAGGGGAUGUGCUGAGGGUUAGUUGUGAGGGAAAAGGGGAAGGCUGCAUUCUGGGGAGAUGUUGGGAAGGGAAGGAAACUUACUCUGAGGCCUAAGAAAUAUUAAUAACAUUACAGGAGGGGAAAAAAACAAGUACUACUCAGGCCCCGUGAAGGAAGGAGGCAGAUGCAGUUUAGGCCUCACAGGGGGCGCUGCAUGUAUUCACACAUUUUAUGCCAGACACUUAGAAGAGUCACUUUAUUUGCCAGAAAAAUCCUGUAGGUAGGAAGAAGAAAUGUUUCAGAAAUUGGGGAAACUGAGGUUCAGAGAAAUAAAGUAACCUGCCCACAGUUGCAUUGCCAGUAAGUGGAAGCUCUUCUGAUAGCAAGUCCAAGGUUCUUUCCAUGCUACCUCCCUCUUCAGAUCAGGUGCCAGAAGAAAUCUUAGGCUGAAAAUACACUGAGUUAUACCAGUAACUGGGAGGGAUUGUGUUUGUUUUAUGGGAACAGGUUCUGUCAGCUUCUCUAUAGUUGUUAAGGUUAGAGUGUGAGACCAGAAGAGCAGCUUUGAAAGAGAAGCAGAGUUCUUUCAAAGUUUUGCCAAGGAAGGAGAAGUCUGAGGGAACAGGCCUUCUGAUUAUAUGAGACCAGCCCAGGCGUCUCCCUAGUUCAGAAGAGUUUGCAGACAAAGGACAAGGGAAGAGAGACGAGACCCCCAAAAGACUUCCCAGGGUAACACCAGUAGCUUUGAUUUUCCAACAGCCUGCCAGUGAUGGUAGGUAAGGACUUCACUGUGCCUUUUUUAAAAGCUUAGGGGGUAGGAUGAGGGUGUUUGGUUGUUUUCUUUUUAAAGCCCCUGCCCAUUAAAUGCAGAUCAAGGCAAGCACAUGGCUGCUGUCCUCCUCCUUUGGUUCUCUGUUUGUGUCAGUACAACCUCGUGAGUUCAUCUUAGCCACCACCAGCCUCUUUCCUAGAAGCCCAUUACUCACUCUUUCAGUAACAGCGUACUAAACUGCUGUGUCUUGUUUGUGCUUGUACAGAACAGAUUAGGUGGAUGUGUGGGAGGUGGGGGACGUACCGUUCUCUUUCUGAGUUUAUGUGGAGUUUCCAGGGCUACGCUUCCCUCUCACACAUCAGCCAAAGUGAUGCGACUUGCUUCCCUUCCCUCUGGCUGCCAUUUCCCAGCUUCCCAGAGGCUGAGGUGCAUGAUUUCAGAGAUCAAGGAGGACGACAAUUUGACUUGGAGGGUAGGGGGAAAACUCCCCCCAAAGUAGACGUGCACACUCAUGCUCGUGCUCUACUCAGUUCCAAGGUAUAUGGUAAUCGCUGGUAUUAUAAACGGGUAAUUCCACUCUUGAAAAGGAGGAGGGAACUUAAACAAUGAAAGCCAGACAUCAGAGGCCUUUGAGGUUUAUAGUGAAGCAGGCAGAUAUGCCGUGAUGAGUCGAAGGCUCAAGUGGGACUAGUUUUUAGUGCUACCUCCCCCUCCCCAGCACGUGAUUCAUGCAAAAUGCAGCCACCUUUGUGUAGAUCUUUCUGGGCAAAUCACUCGUGAUGGGGAAAUGUUUAUUAUGUUACAUUGCAGUGUUUCUUCAACAAGAGGAAUGGUUCCUGAACAGGACACAGCUCAUGUUAAUGAUGAGCAAAGCUCUCUGGGGCAUAAGCCCACUGAUCUCAUCAUCUCGUUCAUGGCCAGUCUGUUGGAUGAAAUGGUCACUGCAAGCAGCAGGUGCUAAUGAGCUGAGCAAGCAUUCUCUGGCCCACAGCUAGUUUGUGUGGUUGGAGCCCUCCCCAGAUCCUCAUGGACAAUCCCGAGACACCCCCUUUGCUCCCUUCACAUAGAAAAGCUUCAUGAUCAAAUUUUGGCAUGACUUCUUUAAAGGGAAUCCCCCUGGUGUAGCAGGUUGCAUUGCGGUUGGUAAUCUGUGGUGAGCUUAAAUGAGUAUGAAAUUUGGUCUGUUGUCCCCCGUUUGAGCAUCAAUACGGUAACUCCCAUCCUCUCUUCCUCUGAGUUGGUGCCAGGAAAGGAGUUGUGUCACCCUUUGCUUGAGCCCUCCCGCUACCAUUUUUACCCAAUAAGAGAAACGCUCAGAAUUCAGGAUUUUGGCUUCCCAUUUUGGAAGGGCUGUGAACCCAGUUUAAGCCAGAACUUCUUGGGCAUAAGUUAGCCCCUGAGAAUGAACUUGGUUCACUGACGAAUUUACCCGUCUAAAACAAUGUCAAGAUUCAUUGUCUAGGUGAUAGGUAUACGGAGAUGAAAGAGAGAUGAUCUGAGCCCUUAAAGAAUCUGAGUCUGAUGGAGGAGAUGAAAUAAUUCUAUGUUCAUAAUGGAGAAAGGUACACAUGGUAUGAGGAUCCAUAGGAAGGGCCACUCAGCACCUCGGGGUGUUGGGCAGUCUCUGCUUAGGAGGCAUGGUUCUGGGCCCCGAGAUGAAGAGACCCAGAGAGGUGGUAGAGGUCAGGGUGGGACCAGUACUGCUUAGGGGAAAUGCUAAGACUGCCAUUGCCUUAUCAGACAGAACCUCCUAAUGUUAAUGUGCUGCUAAGAAACACAUCCAGCCCCAGGUCCUAAGGCAGGGGCUGACUUUUCAGAGUGUAAAUUUCUUAAGUAAAGGCUUCUCUUUCCUUCUCCUCUGUUGCCUUUUGGGCAUUUUAUUGCUCCUUAGCACCUUGAUGAAGAGGAGAAUGGUGAAAGUUGGUGAAUGAGGGGGAAAUAGGCUGAGGAGGAGGAGGAACUGCUACCUCUAGGUUUAGUGGAAAAGAUGUAAAAGUGAAGUGAAAAGAGAAAUUUUGGAGUUUAGGGCUUUUACUCAGAUUAUCUCAUUUCUUAUUAAACUAGAUCGUGCUAGUAAUAAUAGUUACCACUAAGCAUUUACUAGGUGCCCAGCCUUCUGCUGAGUGCUUUAUAUUCAUUAUCUCACUGAAUCUUGAAAACAUCCCUAUGAUUUAGGGGAUCAUCAUGCCCAUUUUAUCAAUGAGGAAGCGGCUCAGGGAAGUAAGUAAUUUGCUGAAAGUCACAUAGUUUCUAAGCGGAAGGGCUGGGAUUGGAAUGGGGAUCUGUCUGCCUCCAGAGCCCAUGCUUUCAUGGCACUGGGCUCACUAACACCAGGUGUUCUGAUGUUUCAGGUGAAGAGAUUGUUUUCUGAAGGCUGCGUUGGAGGCUGUGACAGAGCAGAGAGCCUGUGUGGAGCUGAUGGGGAGGCUUUCUGAAUAACAUGGCCCUUCGCCAUUAGCCUUGCCAUGACCACAUUUUUCACCAGCGUCCCCCCCUGGAUUCAAGAUGCAAAGCAGGAGGAGGAAGUGGGCUGGAAACUAGUUCCCAGGCCUCGGGGCCGAGAGACGGAGAGUCAAGUGAAAUGCCAGUGUGAAAUCUCGGGGACACCCUUCUCUAAUGGGGAGAAGCUGAGGCCUCACAGCCUCCCUCAUCCAGAGCAGAGACCGUAUAGCUGCCCUCAGGUGCACUGUGGCAAGGCUUUUGCCUCCAAGUACAAGCUGUAUAGGCACAUGGCCACCCACUCAGCCCAGAAACCCCACCAGUGCAUGUAUUGUGAUAAGAUGUUUCACCGCAAGGACCAUCUACGGAACCAUCUGCAGACCCACGACCCCAACAAAGAGGCCCUCCACUGUUCUGAGUGCGGUAAGAAUUACAAUACAAAGCUGGGCUACCGGCGCCACCUGGCCAUGCAUGCUGCCAGCAGCGGUGACCUCAGCUGCAAGGUGUGCCUGCAGACCUUUGAGAGUACCCAGGCCCUGCUAGAACACCUGAAAGCCCACUCUCGCCGGGUAGCAGGUGGUGCCAAGGAGAAGAAGCACCCCUGCGACCACUGUGACCGGCGGUUCUAUACUCGUAAGGAUGUGCGGCGUCACCUAGUGGUACACACGGGCCGUAAGGACUUCCUGUGCCAGUACUGUGCCCAGCGGUUCGGCCGCAAGGACCACCUGACGCGGCAUGUCAAGAAGAGCCACUCGCAGGAGCUGCUCAAGAUCAAGACAGAGCCAGUGGACAUGUUAGGCCUGCUCAGCUGCAGCUCCACUGUCAGCGUAAAGGAAGAGCUGAGCCCUGUGUUGUGCAUGGCCUCUCGGGACAUGAUGGGGGCCAAGGCCUUCCCUGGCAUGUUGCCCAUGGGCAUGUAUGGUGCCCACAUCCCUACCAUGCCCAGCACGGGCAUGCCACACUCCCUGGUGCACAACACGCUGCCCAUGGGUAUGACCUACCCUCUGGAAUCCUCACCUAUCUCUUCCCCAGCUCAGCUCCCUCCAAAAUACCAGCUUGGAUCUACCUCAUACUUGCCCGACAAAUUGCCCAAAGUGGAGGUGGAUAGUUUUCUGGCGGAGCUUCCUGGAAGCCUGUCUCUCUCAUCUGCCGAACCCCAGCCCGCCUCACCUCAGCCGGCGGCAGCUGCGGCCCUCCUUGAUGAAGCACUGCUCGCCAAGAGUCCCGCCAACCUCUCUGAGGCCCUCUGCGCUGCUAAUGUGGACUUCUCCCACUUACUGGGCUUUCUUCCACUCAAUCUGCCCCCAUGUAACCCACCUGGGGCGACAGGAGGCCUGGUCAUGGGCUACUCCCAGGCUGAGGCACAGCCCCUGCUCACCACUUUGCAGGCUCAGCCUCAAGAUUCCCCAGGGGCUGGGGGGCCUCUGAACUUUGGGCCUUUGCACUCCUUGCCUCCUGUCUUCACCUCUGGCCUGAGCAGCACCACCCUGCCUCGUUUUCACCAGGCAUUCCAGUAGCCCCCAAGGAAGCCCCCAGCUCGGUCCUUGGCUCUGUCAGGGAGCCUCAGUACCCAUCCCAUCCUCAUCCCCCAUGAAGGCAGCUGAGCUUUCAGAGCUGGGUUCAAAGAGAAAUUCCAGUGUCUGUAUGGAGCACUUGGUUUGGGGGUUCAGGCUCUAGGAUCAAUUCCAGGAGGAGCCUUGAGCCCCCACCCCAUGAAAAGAUCUCAAACCAUAGGACUUCAGGUAUUUUUACUUUUUUUUUUUUUGUUUUUUUUUAUAUUAUCUGAAUCGGGAGCCACACUUAUCCCUCUCCCUCUCCAAAGCAUCAGAACCUCCUUUUCUUUGGGGAAGGGGAAAGCCUCUUGGACGUGUAGACACGGUGAGGGUUUCACCUUGGAUGACCUUGAGAGAAAUAGCCCAAGAAGCCCAACCUGCAGACCUGACAACCCUCAGUUUGAUCAGGCCUUGCUGCAGAGGGUCACUUGGCUCCGUGGUCUGCCUCCAGCCACUGGGCAGGAGAGGGCCUCUGUUCUU